GAUGUGUCUGCCUGGCCGGCACGGCAGCAAGGUCAAUCUCUGAGUGUGCACAGAGGGACGCAUCUCCCGGACAGUGUUCACAGCUGUUGUGGACUCCACCUGCACCCACCUCUCGCUCUGACGUCUCUGAAUACCAACAAGGAGGAAGACACAGAAAGGCAGGCGGGCCGGCAUUAUGUUGGAGGAAUUCUAUACCAGCAACACGGACGGGACAGAGAUGGGUGCCGAUAAGAUAGAUCAUGGGAUUGUAAGGCCCAGGGGCCCACAUGGGACCCAUGUUAAAGUCCAACUACACUCUGAUGACACAGAUGCACCGCCACCGCCAUUCCAACUGGAUAAACACUCCAGCAAUGGCUGCCGUUCAGUGGAGUCUCUGGAGUCUCUGGAUGCUGGAUCGAGACAAAGAGUGUGUGUGACUGUGCGGCCUACCAGUAAACCUUCAGGCUGCUGCUGUGGCGUAAGCCGCAGGAAGGGCCUUGGGCCUUGUGUACUGUGCUGCAGCCAAAGUAAACCGAUCACAGACGUCUGCAAUGACUCUGACCGUAACACUCCAGUCCAGAGAGCAGGGAUCUCACCUCAGACGUACACAGCGGAUAAAACAGGAUAUGUUACACAGAGCAUUGUGGGUACUGUAGUACAUCAUGGUACAGAUGUACGUAGGAGUAUCAAGGAGUUGGAGUCGCAGGAGUUGUCUCCUCUGUGCAAUGCAAGGACACUGCCAGGUGAGGGCAAGAACUGGUUUCAGAGCUUGCUCUACUCAGGUACCUCCUUAGGUGAUAGAGGCAAGGAGGCUGUAGGGGGCAAAGUGUCAGGCUCAGCAUCCUCAGUUCCAUCUUCCCCCACAAGAGUCGCUACGGGCAGCUUCGCCUUCUGUCUCGUAGAGGAGAUGACGUCAUCAACAGUCGCUGACACCAGCUGUGCCCACGGACUCAGAGAUGGGCACAUCAGCCCAGGGGGCAAGGCCAAAACGCAAAGGUGCUCUACACUGGCACUCCUUCCCACCAGCCCUCCCAAAAGCCCCACAGCUUUGAAGAUGGACUCAGACAAUGGGUUAGGAUUUGACUGCGAGACUGAGGAUAGCUUUGUAUAUAAUAAGAGGGAGCGUUCGACGGUCCUGGUCCGUAGGUUCUUGAGGGAUAACCAGAGGGUGAAGAAGUCUGUGUGUACAGGGACUAGGGCAAUCAUCAGGACAUUACCCUCGUGGAGGAUCAGUGAGGAAGCGUGGGACGCUGUCUGCAGAAGGGACCGUUUCUCUGGGCCUAGUGAAUACAGUCGCUUGAGUGGAUACAGUUCAACCUCUCAGAGUCUACAUCUGCAAGCAUGUAAACCUCACCUUGGAAAUAAAGGAGACAUGUUUUUUGAGGCAUGCCAUGCUCUGAGUGCUGAAGUAAGGGUGGCCAGAUCCGGAGAGCUACUCCUUUCUUCCAGGAAGCUGCUGUCGUCUGCCGAGAGGAGGGAUCUGUGUCGUAGGAGGGCCACAUUGCCAUGGCCAGGAGGAGGAGGGGCGUCUAGCUACCGAGCAACCCUACAGAGGACUGACGUUUCUGCCUACAUUUCAGGGACCCUCCUGGAAGUGGUUCUGUCCAUCGGCAACAGGGGAGAAAACGACUCUCCUCCCUGUAUCACCACAAGUCCAUUGGGCUGGGCUGUCCUGAAAGAGCGCCAGCUGCACUGCCCCAUGGCGGGGUCCAGCGUGGUGCCGGCAGCUCCGCUGACAGAGGUCAACAAGGAGCUGUCUGACCUCUGUCCCCUGGUCAGUUUCCCGGAGGAGAUGGCCUACGUCCUCAUGGAGCAGGAGCUGCAUCUAUACAGCCGGAUCUUACCCCUGGACUACCUCUGUUUCCUCACCCUCGACCUGGGGGGCCUUGAUCAGCCACAGCCCCAGGGGCAGGCACACCAACCUGGACAACCCAAUCUUAUGGCUGGCUGCAGACGGCCCCACAAUGCUGUAGAGGACCUGGUCACAAGAUUCAAUGAGGUGAGCUCCUGGGUGACGUGGAUGAUUAUGACAGCCGGUUCUAUGGAGGAGAAGAGAGAGGUGUUCUCAUGUCUGGUCCAUGUGGCCAGGUGCUGUUGGAACAUGGGAAACUAUAACACCGUCAUGGAGUUCCUGGCUGGACUCAGGUCUCGCAAGGUGCUGAAGAUGUGGCAGUUCAUGGACCAGUCGAACAUCGAGACCAUGCGUGCUCUGAAGGAUGCUAUGGCGCACCACGAGACGUCUGCAGAGUACAGGAAGGUGGUCUCGCGUGCCCUCCACAUCCCAGGCUGCAGGGUAGUGCCCUUCUGUGGGGUCUUUCUGAGAGAGCUAGGGGAGGCCCUGGAUGGAGCAGCUAGCCUGAUCAGCCUCAGACCACGCCUCAGCUCACAGGACUCUGUGGAGUUUCUCUCUGACUACAACGGACAGGACAACUUCUUGCAACGGGCGGGGCCAGAUGGGCUCAACCAACAAGAGAAGGAAGGAACUGUCAAUAACAUCCUACAGACCAUCCGUAGCUGCAACCGCAGUAUGGAGUCUGAGGAUGGGGAGGAGUCCGGAGGGGCUGGUGAUGGGAGCAUCCCUGGUUCACGUAAAAACUCCUUCAUGGACGGCUACCGCAACCAGUUCACCGUGGGCGAUCUCUCCGACUCUGCGGGUGACCCAUCUGACCUAUCACAGGGCAAAGACCCAGACCUCCAGGGUAGUGGUGAGAGGACUCAGAAGGCCUUUGCCCAUGGUACGGAGCUCAUACCCUGGUACAUCCUUACCCUCCACCCCCACGUGCAGCACUUCCUCCAGCAGGGCGCUACUGUGAUCCAUUACGAUCAGGACUCCCACCUCACCGCCCGCUGCCUGCUCAGACUCCAACCUGACAAUUGUGUCCUCACCUGGGCCAAGCUCCACAGUGGCGGUGGGGGCCUCCCUGGUUCUAGCUCUGUCCCUGACUCAUCCAAGCUUCGGAGCCCCACCGGGUCAGGGGCUGGUGGUCAGACCCUCCCCCACUGCAGGCCUCAGUACUGCGGGCAGUCCAUACUGAAAGGCCUGGCGGAUGGAUUCCUGGAUCUCUCCGUGGCUAAAGCUGUCUUCAUGGGCCAUCCAGGGGCUGACAUUCAGGUGGUAUGCCUGCAGAACAAGCUCUCAUGUGGGUUGAGCCUGGAGGAGUGUGGGGUGACUCUGCUCUAUGGGCUCCAUACAACAGACAAUAGGUUAUUACACUUUGUGGCCCCCAGAAACACAGCUAGGAUGGUGUAUUCUGGGCUGCAGGCCCUGUUAGCUGCUCACAGGAGGAUGAGGAGGUUCCCUGAUCAAAGGCUGCAGUGGCUCCGUAGGAAGUACAUCAACCUCUAUCAGGAGGAUGGCAGGUACGAGGGUCCGACACUAGCCCAGGCCAUCGAGCUGUUUGGAGGCAGGAGAUGGAGUGUGGGUGCUGGUAGCAUGGAGAAGUCUGGAGCUCAGAAGAGCAGCCAUCUCACUGUAACCUCCAAUCAGAAGACUGGUAGCUCUAAUAAAAAGAAAAAGAAGGCUGUGACUAGGGGGGACAGUGGGGAUGCCACAGAUGAUGAGAUGGUGUCACAUAAGGUGAAGAGUGGUUGGGAUAUCUUAGUACGGAGUGCACCGGACCCAACAGACAACAUGGACCAAGACCAAGAUGACAACAGCUCCUAUGGUUUCCCAGGGCCUCUCUCCCCCUCCAGCAGUAGAUCCAUGGUCAUUAGCACAUCUUCCUCCUCCAUCUCCUCCUCAUCCUCAGCCUCCAAUCAGAAGGCUCAACCGGGUAAUAGGCCCAAUCAGACACUACCUAGCCGGGGUAAGAGCCAAUCAAAGAGCUUCCAGAACCUCAUGGUAUCAGAUGGCACCAUGAGCUUUACUGAGUUUAUUGAGCUCUUUAAGUCCUUCAGUAUCCGGAGUCGUAAGGACCUGAAAGAUGUGUUUGAUGCCCAUGCUGUGCCCUGUGGUCAGUCUGCCUCUGAGCCUGCUCCUCUCUACACUCACCUCAGCAUCGACGACACAGUCACAGAACUGCAGCCAGACCUGGACCUUCUGACACGUAACAGCCUGGAUCUUGGCCUUUCCAUCCGGAUCAAGCGACACAUGUCAGACAAUCAGAAGCAUAUUUCAGACGCCAUAGCUGCAGCCAGCAUCGUGACCAACAGUACAGGCGUGGAGAGUGUCUCGCUGGGAGCUCUGGGCAUGACCAUCAUGCACCUCAAUGACUUCCUGGUCAACUGUCAGGGAGAGAACCACUCGCAUGAUGAAGUCCUAAGAAUUAUCCAGAAAUUUGAACCGUCUGCCAGUUUGCGUCAGAUUGGCUGGAUGUCCUUUGAGGGAUUUGCACGGUAUCUGAUGGACAAGGACAACUCUGCUUCCAAACUGGAGGAGUCUCAGCUGAAUGUAUUAGAGCUCCAGUACCCUCUGUCUUACUACUACAUCGCUACAUCACACAACACCUACCUGACUGCCCACCAACUCAAGGGAGAGUCAUCUGUGGAGCUGUACAGCCAGGUGCUCCUGCAGGGAUGCAGGAGUGUUGAACUGGACUGUUGGGAUGGAGACGAUGGCAUACCAAUCAUCUAUCAUGGACACACCCUCACUACCCGCAUACCCUUCAAGGAUGUGGUGGAAGCAGUGAACCGAUCAGCCUUUGUGACAUCUGACCUGCCUGUGAUGCUGUCCAUAGAGAAUCACUGCUCCCUGCCGCAGCAACGCAAGAUGGCCAACAUCUUCAAGACUGUGUUUGGGGAUAAGCUGGUGACAAAGUUCCUGUUUGAGAGUGAUUUCUCUGACGACCCGCUGUUGCCAUCACCAUGGCAACUGAGGGGGAAAAUCCUCCUCAAGAACAAGAAGCUGAAAGCUCACCAGACGCCGGUGGACAUCCUCAAACAGAAAGCUCACCAGUUGGCACAGAUGCAUGCUCAGGCCAGUAGUGUGAUGCCUCCUCCCUUCCCAACCAUCAACAAUGAGGAAGAAGAGGAAGAAGAUUAUGAGGAUGAAUAUGACUAUGAGUACGAAUCACUAUCUGACGAUAAUAUCCUGGAGGAUAGACCGGAGGGAAAGUCUUCAUCGGGGGAGAAGUUACAGACUGAACACAGUGACGAAGUCCCCAAGAAGAUGAAGAAAUGUGAGAGUGUUACUCACAACAAAGGAAAGGUAUUUGGCAAGGAAUUGGAGGAAGAAUUCAAGCUGCCUCGAAGCAAGAAGGAAGGACGACAGAUAGCCCAGGAGCUCUCAGAUCUGGUGAUCUACUGUCAAGCUGUCAAAUUCCCAGGUCUAUCCACCCCUACUCCAUCUGAUACUCCCAGGGAGAGAAAAGAGAGAAAAGAAGUUCUUUCUUCUAGAGGAAAGGGCAGGAGGUCCAUCUUUGGGAAUCCCCCAGGGAAAGGUUUUCCAGGGGAACCAUCGACAGUGAUGCGCACCCCAGGACGAGGAGCAACAUCAGAGGGCCCUCGUCCCAACUGGGAAGAAUCACCCACCUCCCCUCCCUACACCUGUAACGCCUCCCUCAGCUCCCUCAUCCGCACCCCAAAAUGCUAUCACGUCUCCUCAGUCAAUGAGAACGCUGCCAAGCGCCUGUGUCGCCGCUACUCCCGGAAACUGAUCCAACACACCAGCGCCCAGCUCCUGCGAACUUACCCGGCAGCCACACGUAUUGACUCCACCAACCCCAGUCCCCUACUCUUCUGGCUGCAUGGAAUACAGCUGGUCGCUCUCAACUACCAGACCGAUGACCUGCCCCUGCAGCUGAACGCGGCCAUGUUUGAGCCUAACGGGGGUUGUGGGUAUGUACUGAAGCCCCCGGUCCUGUGGGAUGCCAGCUGCCCACUCUACAGACACUUCUGCCCCCUUGACAGAGACCCAGAGGGCAUGAGCCCCGCCUUGUUCACUCUCACUAUCAUCUCUGGUCAGAACGUAUGCCCAGGGACCACAGCAGGCAAUCCCUACAUCGAGGUAGACAUCAUGGGCAUGCAGGCAGACGGGUGCCACUUCCGCACCAAACCCAUCCACCGUAACCCCCUGAACCCCAUAUGGAACCAGAGCUUUCACUUCCCCCUACUCAUGGCUGACCUGGCCUUCCUACGGUUUACUGUGGUGGAACACAACAGCUCCCAGACCACGGCUCAUAGGAUCAUACCACUGAGAGCACUCAGGACAGGAUACAGACAUGUGCAGCUGAGGAAUCAGCACAACGAGGCCCUGCCAGUCUCUAGUCUGUUCAUCUACAGCCAUAGAACUGAAGACAGUGGAGCAGCAGGUUCACAGCCUGCAUCACGGCUCUUCAGUACAGAGGAUCGAAGGGCUGCUGUGCAGUACAGGGUCACCGUACAUGGAGUCCCUGGGCCUGAGCCUUUCAUAGUGGUCGGUGUGAGUGAGAGGACCACUGCCAGACAGCUCCUACACAUUAUCCAUCCAUCCCUCUCCUCCUCCACUCGCUUCUCCCUCUCUUCUUGCUUCUUGAUGGAAGAGAGGGUGGCAUUGCCCCGGGAGAGGGGGGAGAGUAGGGGUGAGGCUCGAAAGCCUCUCCUGCAGAGGACCAUCAGGCCUGAGGAGGAGAUAUUCAGGGUCAUUCAGAGCUGGAACCCUGAUGAAGGCUACCUGGGCAGAGUGUGCCUCAGAACGAGAGAAAAGCCUUUGAAUGAAGGGAAGACAGAUAUAGAGAUGGAGGUAAGCUGUGGACUGGAGGAUGAUUCCUUCCUGGUGGAAGUACAUGGAGUGUCUCCUGACCAAUCACAGAUGACCCUCAGAGCUCCCCGACACAUCACAGCCAAUGACCUCAUCCAACAGACACUGAGCAAAGCCAGACAGUCCAGCAUCCUGCUGUCUGCGGGCAACGCCAGCGACUACAUUCUGAUAGAGGAAGUGGUCAAGGAGCCCCUGGGGCGCAGGCUCCCUGCCAAACCCACCCAGAGGACCCUCCUGGACCAGGAGUGUGUAUUCCAGGCCCAGGGGAGGUGGAGGGGUCAGGGGAAAUUCAUUCUCAGACUCCGGGAGCAGGCUCAGGGAAAGGAGACAGCUCAGCGUGAAGACUGUGUCAGACCAGUUCGCGAGGAUCGGCGGAAAGGAAUAUCAUUGGCGAGCGAGUUGAAACGACUGACAGGCCGGAGCCGGGCCGUAUGGAUCGGGGCUCACGCCUGCUCUGAGGUGGUGCACAGCAAGGACGAGAGGGCAGCGUGCUGUCUUCAUCUGAGCGAGACCAGAGAGUGACGCUAAUGGUUCUCCUCUACACCCGUUCUACAACACACGCACACAAGGCAGUCUAACAUUUCCAAGCUGGCCUGACAGGGCAGAUGUGGAAUUGGAGCAGUGCAACUCCUGGGUAUCUUUUGUCACUCUGGGCAGUCCACAAUCCAAUAAGCCUUAUCUUAAUCUACCUGGAGAUAUCAGCAUGUGAAUUUAUUGAAGACUUGCAUUAGUUCCCCAAACUAACGCCUAACACAAUCUUCUGACAUGCAAAGACCCAGGUUUGAAUCCAGUCGAACAUAAGAGACAAACACAAACUGUAGGACAGAUACAGACCAGCAGAUGGUGAUAUUGUGCUUUCCUAUGGUUACAGAAGACCUCAACCUGACAAGUCUGAAGUGGUUGAAGAAUCAAUCAUCAGACAGAGCCGAUUUCACCGGUCAUCCCUCAAACCUAAUUUAUACAUUAAAGCCUAUGGGUUUUGUUCAACCUUUCACUACUUUACUUUACUGCUGGUUUAAAAUACUGUGACAUUAUUAUUGUAUUACUAUAUAACAUUUUCCCAGUGCUUUAGCUGUAUCCUUUGGUCCAUUUCUUCAGAAUGAAUCUCUGCAAUGACAGACUUGAAUUUGACACCAUACCGCUGUGAUGACUGAUACAAGGGCUUGAUCAAU